AAAACGAAACCGAAUUACCGAGUCCUGCAAGUUUGUUAUAUAAAAUAAUAUUAAAAGGGAAAAAACUUCCUAAGUUAUCAGAAGACAAUGUUGACUCAAACACCGAUACUGAAUCUGAUACUGAAUCAAAUGUUGAAUCAUCUAAAGAAAAAGAAAAAAAGGCUAAACCUAAAUUGAAAAUUGCACAAAACCUUUCAGACUUGAUAAUCUACUGCGUUGCUGUUAAAUUUAAAGAGAAUUCGAUGUACUAUCACUUGUCUUCCCUUAGUAGUAAUGCUUCUUCAAGGCUCAUAGAAUCUGAAAAGGAUGCUUUUAUUCGGCACAAUGCACGCCAAUUAACACGCAUAUAUCCGUCGGGUCUUCGGAUAGACUCGUCAAAUUAUAAACCGCAUAAUCACUGGAUUG